UCGACCUUUCGAGAUGACCAUGAUCUUCCAGCCUCGAGGUAUGAACUUUUAGAAUUAUUCUAAAAGCCAGAUCUAUACUAAAGCUCAGACUUCAUCUUGUCACGAUAGGAAAAGCAGUGCAAAAGAUUUACACAGCUGUCUUUAUGUCAGCAUUAGCUCCAAGCCCCGUACAAUUAGCACCAGGCUUUUCCCAUUUUCCUCUCGCGCUCAUCAAGGCAGAUGCGCCUAUCAUGCCGUUGAUUGUUCGCUGGUUCGAAAGUAAUUUUGGUGGCCACAUCAGUCCAAUGCGGAUAUUGCCUGGGGAAUUGGAAAUGAUCACCGAGGAAUGGGCAUCAAGAGCAUUUGAUACUAGGGAUGCGCCGGUUCAAGAUGUGAUAAGAGUCCCACGUACACGAAAAUUGGAUCUACCAUUAGAGUUACGCUACGACACUGGGUUUGAUGAAAUUAAAUCCAUUACAGUGAAUAUAACCGCCGAGGACGUGAUAACUUUGGUGCAAGCUCAGCGAGCAUCAAAUGGCGAUAAGAGACUAGUCGAUUUGAUACAACAACAUAUAUUUGAUACCACUUCAAUCGAUGUUACCAAGCUCGUGCUUUCCAGAGUUGGAAACCCCGCAUGUUAUAUCUCAACCGAUGGAAAAGUAAAGUUAAUGGCUAAUCAGUCCAAGUCGCUCACCCUUCAAGUGAUGAGAAGAUUAAUGACUGUUGCUUGUGCAAAGGUGUUUGGACCGUGAGACAUUUGAUCAACAUAAUAUGAUGUAGACAAUGGAGCAUUUACUAGGGAUAUUGAACGCUGAAGUAUGGCAUCAUCUCUCUAACCUCUCCAAAGCUACGAAGAAUAGACCAACCAACAUGUAAAUAUGCAUUAUAAGUCCGUUUAGCACCCGCAUUGUAAUAUACCUAUUUUUGUAUGAUCAAAUAAUCCACCAUGUAACCCAGCAAAUAAGUCUACUCACAUUUUGCUUGUGGGAGCGUACAAGCAUGAUUUUACCGUGCCUGAUGAUUGACACUGAACUCAACUAAAGUAUAUAACGAAGAAACCGGUUUUGCC